UAGUUAGCCGAGGGUAGCGUUGCAGUACCUAUCAGUAGCAUUUUCACUAGUGGUUCCACGCUUUUUAUUCCUAACAUGAACGCUUACAUAUAUCUACCUAUAUAACUCCACAAUAUAAUUUGAUACCUACCACUUACACUUACAUAUGCUUAGCAGCUUAGGUAGGUAGUUACACUUACACUCACACUUACAUCUACAUACCAAACUAUCUACUAUACUAUUAGGUAGAUACAUACCUCACACAACCUCAUAGGCUCAUACCAUACAUCCACCUCUGCCUGUCGCUCUCUUCAUAUUCCAUAUAUUUCGCUGCGGCACCGCACCAUCUUUCAAUCAUGUGCCUUCUUGAUCCUUCCGUCGAUUGAACAGACACCCAAGUGCACCCCUCCCUCCCCCUUUCUAAGCUCUGGUUGCUUUGCAGCUUCAGAUCCGAAAAUAUGGCUGGAGGAACAGGUCAGAAGUUUACUACGGCCACAACCAUCGUUGCCGGUGUUGGUUCGUUGGCAGCCACCCUAUUGUCUAUUGUUUCAAUAUGGCUUCAACUAAAGAAUUAUCGGAAGCCCCUCUUACAGCGAUAUGUCGUACGAAUAUUGUUAAUGGUUCCAAUUUAUUCCAUCAGUUCAUGGGUCAGCAUGGUGUCUUCCGUGGCCGCAGCAUUUCUUGAUCCUAUACGAGAUAUCUACGAGGCCUUUACCAUCUACACUUUCUUCCAACUUCUAAUCAACUAUCUCGAUGGCGAACGAGCCCUCAUAAUCAUGACCCACGGCCGUGCCCCGGUACACCAUUUGUGGCCGUUAAAUCAUGCCCUACCGAAAGUCGAUAUCUCCGAUCCAUAUACGUUCCUGGCUAUAAAACGUGGUAUACUUCAGUACGCCUGGCUCAAGCCCAUCCUAGCCAUCGCGGCAACUAUUAUGAAAGCGACAGGUAUUUAUCAGGAGGGUUAUAUCGGGGUUACGUCAGGCUACCUAUGGAGUGGCAUCAUAUAUAACAUCAGCGUUACGCUCAGUUUAUACUCGCUUGGUCUAUUCUGGGUCUGUAUGCACAAUGACCUGUUACCCUAUCGCCCGGUACCAAAGUUCUUGUGCAUAAAACUCGUCAUCUUCGCUUCCUACUGGCAGGGCUUCUUCCUCUCGAUUCUGGUUUGGCUUGGGGCUAUCCCAGAUGAUGUUCAAGGGUAUACUCCGGACAAUCUUGCAGCUGCCAUUCAAGAUGCCCUUAUCUGUUGCGAGAUGCCAGCAUUUGCCGUGGCUCAUUGGUAUGCAUUCUCUUGGCAUGAUUACGCCGACAACACCGUUUCGUCUGCUAGGUUGCCCGUCAAGUACGCCGUAAGGGAUGCCUUCGGCGUCCUUGACCUUAUCGAGGAUUCCAAGCAGACCUUCCGGGGCGACCAAUACAGUUACAGGAUAUUCGAUUCAAGCGGGAAAGUUAUGGCACACGAAGACUCGAGUUCCCGAUUUGCUAGAUUGAAGGAUGGGAUGAGAUACAAACGAGGCGGCGAGGCGAAAUAUUGGAUUCCCAAACCGGGCGAGGUUAGGGGAGAAAUGAGCGCUAAUACGCCGCUCCUAAAUCCCGACGGGGGCCCUAGCGGAAACACACCAAAGUAUAGUGAAGGCUCUACUGAUGAGACCCCACUAGACCCCGAUGAUGAGAGGUUUUAUGUCAAGGCCCGAGAUCUAGAGUUUGGAGACUGGAAUUAUCCCGUUAUCACAGCAAAUGUUCCCUCAAGGGAGCACUGGAGAUCUAGACAACCAACUGUAUAUCAAGCCAAUACGGGGGCUUGGCAUGCGAGCCGGUCUAACUCAUCUAAAAGUAUCAGCAACAGGCCGGCAUCUGUGACAACCCCUAGUGCCGAGGUCGUGACCAGCAAGCGGAAGAAGGGCAAGCAAAAGCAGAGCAAGCCUGUCCCUGGCCCUGUCCCUGAACCCACAGUUGUCGCUGGUAAAGAAUCACAGUCUCAAGGCCCACUCGGCGCCCCUGUUCUCUCGACAUCCGAUCCCCAGAUCUUAGAGGAAGAAGCCGAAGAGGAAGACCCGACAUUCCAAGUGGGGGAGAUGACGCCGGACGCGGUAACUCCAGGACAGCAGGGAGAUGGAACCUGGGAUAACAAUGAGGUGGGACAGAGUGAAACGAGUCCACUUUUCAGUCCCGACAACGAAGAAGAGUUCCGGAAUGUAUGGGGUGGUGACGGCUUAUAAUUUGGAAUUAUUGUAGUCUUUGGUGACGUUAUUAGAUACCCUGGGUUUCGCAUACGGCUAGUCCACAUUCAAAAAUAAUGCGUAGUGGCGUGUUUUAAGCUUG